UGUCGGGGUUUUUUUUUACGAGUCGGCGUCUCUUUCGUUUUGCUUUGCUCUUGUCUUCGCGUUAUUUUUAGGCCGCCAAAGUGUUUUUUCGUUUUCGUGGCUAAAAAAACCGACAUUCCGUCCGGUUUGCCAAUAUUUUCGGCACGCAACUAUUUAAGGUGUUGUUUUUUGCCGGCAAAACUGUAGGUAGUUGACCUCCCGCAGCGAUGAGGUUGCUGUACGUCUUUGCAUUGAUCCUGGCGGUGCGCCUGGCCUCCGUUUUCGUGGUGCAAACCUACUACGUUCCGGAUGAAUACUGGCAGAGUCUGGAGGUGGCUCACAAGCUAACCUUUGGUUACGGUCACCUCACAUGGGAAUGGGUGCAGGGCAUUCGCAGUUACCUAUACCCUGUGAUUAUCGCCGGACUCUACAAACUCCUCGCGCUGCUUCAGUUGGAUAGCGCCAACCUGUUGGUUCUGCUUCCGAGAAUUCUCCAGGCCCUUCUCACCACCUAUUCGGACUACCGUUUCUAUGUGUGGACUGGCAAGCGCAAGUGGGCUUUGUUCCUCAUCCUGGUACCCUGGUUCUGGUUCUACACCGGCUCCCGUACCCUGGCCAACACCCUGGAGGCCUCGCUCACCACCAUCGCUCUCAGCUACUUCCCUUGGUUCGGCGAAGGAACCGUCUAUCUAUGGCCCGCUGCCAUCUGUUGCUUCUUACGUCCCACAGCGGCUGUGAUCUGGAUUCCAUUGUCGUUGUAUCAUCUCCGCAAGAGUCGCCUGAGCGUGGUGCAGCUGAUACUCAAACGAUUCCUCCUAAUCGGACUACUGGUUGCUGGCUUGGGCGUGGCCAUCGAUACCUACUGGCAUGGCCAGUUAGUGGUCACUCCCUACGAGUUCCUUAAGUACAACAUCUUCAACAACAUUGGCAGCUUCUAUGGCUCUCAUCCCUGGCACUGGUACUUCACCGUGGGACUGCCCACGGUCCUUGGAAUCAACACAUUGCCCUUUAUCUACGGCAUCAUGGAAACAGUGCGGAAAUCGGAGAAGUUCCCGGUCAGCAAGCAGCUUCUGAUUACCAUCUUCCUGACCCUGGCUAUCCUGAGUGGCGUGGAGCACAAGGAAUUCCGCUUUGUGUCCUCGCUUCUGCCACUCUGCUUGUAUGUGGCCACGGACGCAUUGUCCCGAUGGAGCUACAAGGCCUCUACAAGUGUUCUGUGGGCAACUGCCUUGGUCAUACUUGUGGGUAAUGCCAUACCCGCCUGGUAUUUCAGCACUGUGCACCAGACGGGACCCAUCGAACUGAUGCCAAAGCUUAGGGAGAUAGCUCAGGAGUACAGAGACGAACGCGAUCACCGCGCAAAUAUACUCUUCCUGAUGCCGUGCCACUCAACACCUUACUACAGCCACAUUCAUGAGAACGUUACCAUGCGCUUCCUGACCUGCGAGCCGAACUUGGACAAGCAAGAACAAUACAAGGACGAGGCGGACCGCUUUUUCGAAGACCCACUCCGCUGGUUGAACUCAAAUAUUCCCGUCCAUCCGCUCACCGCGCAGCCAUCUCACCUGGUUCUCUUUGAUCCAUUGGCCGAGAACAUCAGCGUUUUCCUGCGAAACUACCGACUACUGCACCGGAUCGUACAUGCUGAGGUAACCGAGUUAGAGAGCUGGCAGGCUCUGGUUGACGAAAAGUCACCGUAUCUCGCCUCUCUCUUACAGCAUCGUCAGCCACGUACUGGCCACUCCAUUUUGGUGUUCCAGCGCUUAAAGACUGGUGGAGAGAACGCUUUUAACAAGGACGAGGCGGAGGACAUUCCUCUACCGGACAACCCCCAACCACAAGAGGUACCACAAAAUGCGUUCAAUUAGAUGGUAGAGUAACUGGAAACCGGAAAGACUUCAUCAACCCACCAACUCCGUCUGAAAGAAAGAAGCAUACAAAAGAAAUAUUUUUUAAACGCCAUACAAAAUAAUAUAUUUUAUACCCAUUUUGGCCUUAAAACAAAAACAUUUUUAGAAACGUUUAACUGACGAAAUUAUAACCUGUGCUAAUUGAUAUUGUAUAGGCCAUCGUAAGCAUUUAGGCAUUAGCGGUCUAAAGAGAGGCAAUAUAUGUUUUACGUAGUCGAUAAUCCCAUGUACUGUUCUUGUUUUGGAAACAUCGAAAUAAAGAUUCAGUUCGAGUAAAAAUAA